CAAUCCGUACAUUUAGAGCAUCAAACUAAAAAUGGCUUGUCGGUCGAGGAUUGUGCCUACGCUGAAGCGUACCAGGCUUUCCCCACGGUACGCCGUGAGCGCCCAACAGCUCAGGGCGCCCCUCCAAUGCCGAUGGCAGACCACCGCAGCUCCAGAUGCGAAAGCCCAAGAGGGCACGAAAAUUAUCAAAUUCACCACCGACUCAUACCCAGAGAUCAAGCGUGACAGCCGCUUUGCUGAAAUCACUCCUGAGCAUGUCGAGUAUUUCAAGGGCAUUCUUGGCAAGGAAUCUGCGCUCAUCGACGGCGUCACCAAGGAUGCUACCGACGAUAUGGAGCCGUUCAAUGCGGAUUGGAUGCGCAAAUACCGCGGGCACACGAAGCUAGUUCUCAAGCCGGGCUCGACGGAAGAAGUCAGCAAGAUCCUGAAAUACUGCAACGAUAAUAUGCUGGCCGUAGUGCCGCAGGGAGGGAACACGGGAUUGGUCGGCGGAUCGGUUCCAGUCUUUGACGAGAUUGUUAUUCAAAUGGGCCGCAUGAAUGCGAUUAGGUCGUUUGACGAGGUGUCCGGAACAUUAGUUGCGGAUGCUGGAUGCAUUCUCGAGACCACCGACCGCUAUCUUGCAGACCGUGGACAUAUCUUCCCCCUGGACCUCGGCGCGAAAGGCUCCUGCCAUAUCGGCGGCAACCUCGCGACCAAUGCCGGUGGAUUACGGCUCCUGAGAUACGGCAGCUUGCACGGCACGGUUCUUGGUGUUGAGGCUGUCCUCCCAGAUGGGACAAUCGUGGACGAGCUCUCCAAGCUACGCAAGAACAACACCGGUUACGACCUCAAGCAGCUCUUCAUCGGCGCAGAGGGCACAAUCGGUAUCAUAACCGGCGUCGCCAUCCAAUGCCCCCAACGCUCCAAAGCCGUCAACGUAGCAUUUUUCGGCCUCGAGAGCUUCGAGAAGGUGCAAAAAGCCUUCAUCGAAGCCAAGGGCCAACUAGGCGAGAUCCUCUCCGCCUUCGAGCUCAUGGACCGCAACUCCCAGCGCAUGGUCAAGGAGUACACCAACAACAAAUCCCCGCUCGAAGACGAGCACCCCUUCUACUGCCUCAUCGAGACCAGCGGCUCCAACUCAGAGCACGACACCGAGAAGCUGGAGAAGUUCCUCGAGGACGUGAUGGAGAAGGAGAUUGUCCUCGACGGCGUCGUCGCGCAGGACGAGACGCAGAUUAAGGCGCUCUGGAGCUGGAGAGAGGGUGUCCCGGAGGCGAUUGGUGGGUUCGGCGGUGCGUAUAAAUACGACGUCUCCAUCCCGCUGGCGGAGAUGUAUACCCUGGUCGAGGACACGCGGGUGCGUAUGGAGGAGGCGGGGUUGAUUGGCGACAGCGACAGCCAUCCGGUUAAGGACGUUGUUGGGUAUGGACACAUGGGUGAUUCGAAUUUGCACCUUAAUGUCUCGGUUAGGAGAUACGAUAAAGCGGUUGAGAAGGCGCUGGAGCCUUGGGUGUAUGAGUGGAUUGAGAAGAGGUCGGGGAGUAUUAGUGCAGAGCAUGGGUUGGGGCUGGCGAAGAAGAAGUAUAUUGGGUAUAGUAGGAGUGAGACUAUGAUUGGGCUGAUGAAGCAAGUUAAGAAUCUGUAUGAUCCGAAUGGGAUUAUGAACCCGUAUAAGUAUAUAUAAGCACCUAAGUUCGCCUCGACUCAAUGAGAGCACGCGGCUGUAUAUACCCCUUAGCAUCUGUUGUAAAACCAAAAGUAUUUGGCUUGCUGAUAGUUAGAAUAUUACUAUUAAAUCGGUGCAAAUUAAGGCGGUGCAAAAUCAUGAAUACAAUCUAGAUCUAACUCCGAUAUCCUUCUAUCCAAUAGCCAAUCUAUAAC